CGCUGGCAGACGGGUUCUCUGCUGUGCGACCUCCUGCCGUUGUUGUCACACAAUUUUUUUUUACGAUGGAUCUAUUAAAAUCUUGGGUUUUGUUUCUUCCGGUGGUCGCUGUGAGCUGCAGCCCCGGGCCGCUGGUGGACAUUGUCGUCGAUCGGUACGAAAUACCCAAAGUUUGUCCCCGGGAAGUGCAAACAGAGGAUUUCAUCCGUUAUCACUUCAACGGCACUUUCUUUGCGGACGGGAAGAAGUUUGACUCCAGUCAUGACCGAGGCAAAGCCUUCGUCAGCCAGGUCGGCCUGGGCAGACUCAUCACAGGGAUGGACCGCGGUCUUCAGGGCAUGUGUGUCAACGAACGCAGGAGGAUCACGGUCCCCCCACACUUGGCAUAUGGAAGCAUAGGAACGGGUGGUGUAAUUCCUGCUGAUGCUGUGUUGGUGUAUGAUGUUCUCCUGCUGGACAUAUGGAACACCGAGGACAAGGUCGAGAUCCGCACGAUCAGCAAACCUGCGAGCUGCAACCGCACCGCAGCGGCGUCAGAUUUUAUCCGGUACCACUAUAACGGCACCCUGCUGUCAGGUGAAGCCUUUGACUCCAGUUACUCGAGGAAUAGAACCUACGACACCUACUUGGGACAGGGUGACCUCAUCAAAGGUAUGGACGAGGGUCUCCUGGGCAUGUGUGUUGGAGAGAGACGGCUCAUCAUUGUCCCACCCUUCCUGGCGUAUGGAGAGAACGGCCAUGGAACUCAUGUCCCUCCUCACGCCACACUGAUGUUUGAGGUGCUGCUGGUGGACAUGUUCAAUCCCAAGGAUGACCUGAUUGUGGAGGUGAAGGAGGUGCCUGAGGGCUGCACCCGCAGGACGGUGACUGGAGAUUACAUCCGCUACCACUACAACGGUACCUUCCAGGAUGGCACGGUCUUCGACUCGAGUUACCGGCGAAAUAGCACUUACAACACUUACAUCGGGAUGGGCUACGUGAUCCGAGGGAUGGACAAAGCCCUGCAGGGACUGUGCAUAGGAGAGAAAAGGAGGAUUACUAUUCCUCCUCACAUGGCGUAUGGCGAAGCAGGAGUUGGAGACCUCAUUCCUGGCUCGGCUGUGCUGGUCUUUGACAUCCACGUCAUUGAUUUCCACAACCCCAAAGACCCGGUCGACAUUAAAGUUACCCACAAGCCUCAGGAAUGCAAUGUGACCUGUGAAGCUGACGAUCUGAUUCAGUAUCGUUACAAUUGCUCCUUGAUGGACGGCACCCUCCUGUACUCCUCGGACUGGUACAGCUCACCUUCCAUCACGACUCUCGGUGCAAACAAGGUGAUCCGGGGUCUGGAGGAAGGCUUCAGUGGCAUGUGUGUGGGUGAAAAGAGGGAGGUGAUCAUUCCUCCCCACUGGGGGCACGGUGAAAAUGGAGCCGGAGGAGUCCCCGGUAGUGCUGUGCUCUUCUUUGAGCUGGAGUUGGUGGAGCUGCAGAAGGGAGUGCCUGAAGGCUACAUGUUUGUGUGGCUUGGAGACAGCCCCGACCCCCUCUUUCCUGCUAUGGACCUCAAUGGUGACAAAGAGGUCCCUCUGGAGGAGUUUUCAUCCUUCAUCAGGAUCCAAGUUAAAGAGGGCAAAGGCCGUCUCCAGCCAGGGGUCGAUGCCGACAGCAUCAUUAAGGACAUGUUCAAUAACCAGGACCGCAAUACAGAUGGGAAGAUUGUGGAAGAUGAGCUAAAACUUGAGGAGUCUGAACAAUCGAGUCGAGAUGAGUUGUAAACGGGACAUGCAGUAUUUCAGCGGUGGUAAGAAACAGACAUGCACUGGCUGGGGUCACACUGUCGGCUUAGCACACCUCUUGCAGUAGAACCACAUUUGACGGCACAAGAAAAUGUCUGUGUUUGAGGGGUCAGUGUGUUGUGCACAGGAAACAGGUGUUAGAAAAUGUUAAAGAAGGAAAUUUCUGUAGAAAAAAUAUGUUCCCUAAAAAAAAAAGGCAGAUUUGACUCAACAUCAAAUUACUUUUCAAACAUGCGGGUGGGGCCCAUCUUCCAGAAUAUACGAUUUUA